AUGUCUCAUUCCUUCAUCGCUUGGAACGUACGGGGGCUGGGCAAUCCGAAUAAGAGGGCAAAAAUCAAACGUUUGCUGAAGAGAUGGAAACCUACCAUAGUGGGCCUCAUGGAAACCAAAUGGCAGAAGUGUGAUAACAGUUUGAUCUCGUCAGUAAGUGGUAGCAGGUCCAGUGAGUGGGUCGCCAAAGAUUCAAUUGGAGCUAGCGGUGGCAUCGUCAUUUUUUGGGAACCUACCACCUACAAGGUUUUGACGGUAUGGGAAGGGAAAUUUUCAUUAGCGGUUCGUCUGAAAGUAAUUGAAACAGAGGAGAUUAUAUCCUUCCUGGUUGUAUAUGGACCUCAAGACAAAAGAGAGAAACUCGAAUUCCUCAAGGAAAUCGAGUCUGUCUGCAGGGAAUACUUGGCUGCAUUAUGCAUCAUAGGCGAUUUCAAUCUUGUAAGAUCAGUGGAUGAAUACAUAGGAAGUCCAAGAGAUAUGGAGAUCGUGAAUGAAUUCAAUAACGUGAUCAAUAGGUGCAAUCUAGUGGAUAUCCCGCUACAAGGGGCCAAGUUCACGUGGAGCAGGGGAGGUGGGGAGAGUUCCUCUUCCCGCAUUGACAGAGCGCUCAUCAACUCAAGUUUUGAAGACUUGAUAUCUCCAGAAACUUUGACUGCCCUUGACCGUGUGGAGUCAGAUCACAACCCGAUCCGAUUACAGUGGGGUUCAAGUGAACGAUUCAUUCAUCCUUGGCGAUUUGAAAAUAUGUGGUUCCAAGAAGACUCUUUUAUGCAGAAUGUUGUGGGGUGGUGGUGUAUACCAGUUAAUGGGUCGAGUUACUUGUUCAGAUUCGGGCAAAAAUGCAGGCAGACCAAAGCAAUGAUCAAACAAUGGAAUCGAGAACACUUUGGGAGAGUUGAGAAGCGAAUCGCCAAUAUAUUGUUCAGGAUUAAGAGUAUCGAUAAUGCUGAAGAAGCAGGACAGAUUGAUCCGGUGUCGGUAGCGGAAAGAGAUAUUCUCAAAUGUGAACUUGAGAAGGUUUUAAUCAUGGAAGAAAUUUCAUGGAGGCAGCGGUCUAGAGAAAUUUGGUUACAGGUGGGAGACAAAAAUACUGGAUUCUUUCACAGAGUUGCUAAGGCUAACAGAAGGAAAAAUAAAAUUAAGAGGCUGCUGAUUGAGGGCAGAGCAUCAGAGGAUGGGAAUGAAAUUAAAAGUGCCUUCCACAGUCAUUUCUCGGGCAAAUUUGUGGAGGUGGAGGAAGAUAGAGUUUUUCCAGCCAAAUACAGAGAAUGUUUGCUCUCACCAGAGGACAAUGAAAAACUAGUGAAGCCCUUCACGGAAUUGGAAGUUUGGGAGGCAGUUAAGCAGUGUAACGGGAGUAAGGCUCCUGGGCCAGACGGAUUUACGUUGGAGUUCUAUAAGAAAGCUUGGGGUAUCAUCAAGUCAGACCUACUGAAGGCAGUUGAUGAGUUCUCUCUUACCGGUACUCUCCCACAAUCGACAGCGCAUGCCUUUAUCUGUCUCCUGCCCAAGAAGGAGUCGGUUGAAAUGGUGUCCGAUUUCCGUCCUAUUAGUCUACUUGGAAGUUUGAACAAAAUCAUUGCAAAGGUUUUGUUCAACCGUCUUUCGCCCCACAUGAGCAGCCUAAUAUCUGAUUAUCAGUUCGCAGGAAAGAGGGGUAGAGUAAUACAUGAAUCUUGUCUUAUUGCUAAUGAAGUAAUCGACAGCCGCAGAAGAAGUGGAAAACCGGGUGUGGUAAUUAAAUUGGACAUCGAAAAGGCUUUCGACUCUAUCAGCUGGACGAGCAUCUUGAAAGCACUUGAGCAUCUGGGCUUACAUCGGAGGUUUCGGAAAUGGAUUGAGGGAUUAUUGUCAUCGUCCAGACUCUCCAUACUUGUUAAUGGAGAAUCUACGGGUUUUUUUGGGAUGAGUCGUGGUGUUAAGCAGGGUGAUCCCCUUUCACCCUUCCUCUUUAACAUUGGUAUGGACAUCCUCUCGUUCAUUCUAUGUGAAAUAAAGAAAGAAGGGAUGAUCACGGGAUUCUGUAUCAACGAAGAAAGAAAUGUUGGAGAAGUGACUCAUCUACUUUAUGCGGAUGAUGCCAUCCUAUUUUGUGAAGCAUCCGAAGACGAGGUUCGUAAUUUGUUGGCUGCUUUAAUCUGUUUUCAAGCAAUUACCGGCCUGCAAUUAAACCUUGCGAAAUCAAAAAUAUUCCCGGUGGGCGAGGUAACAAAUAUUGAAAGACUGGUGGAGAUAUUUGGUUGUGAUUGGGCCUUCUUGCCCACAACAUACUUGGGUGUGCCCCUCGGACAGCAGUCUCCAUCGAAUACAUAUUGGAACAAUGUAGUGACAAAGACACAAGCAAGACUGGAAGGCUGGAAAGGAAAAUUUCUCUCGUUGGGAGGAAGAGUCGUGCUUAUCAAUGCGGUCCUUGGAACUUUGAGUAACUACAUUAGCUCCUUGUUCUUAAUCCCUAAGAACGUCAUCAACUCCUUAGAGAGGAUUGAAAGAGAUUUUCUCUGGUCCGGUACACAGGGAGGGGAGAAGCUCCAUCUCGUCUCUUGGGAGCUAUGUAAAACAUCAAAGAAUAAGGGAGGCUUGGGUAUACGAGACUUGGAGCUGAAUAAUCGAGCUCUCUUACUCAAAUGGCAUUGGAGAUUUGCAACGGAAAGAAAAUCAUGGUGGAGGGAAAUGAUAGCUGCAAAGUUUCCUAAUGAACAGUCAGAAUGGUUCUCAGGAAAGGUUCUAGGCAGUGUUGGGGGUAGCGUGUGGGGCAGGAUUGCGAAAUUGCAGCCUCUGUUUUGGGAAUUAACGCGCAUCGAACAUGGUCAAGGGCACUGGACUUCGUUUUGGUUUGAUACCUGGAUCGAAGGCAUCCGACUGGCGGAAGAGUACCCGAGAGUUUUUGCUGCUGCCGAAUCACCGGGCGCCACCAUUGCUGAAUACUUGUCUUUGUCUGAGGGAAACUGUCAAUGGGAUAUUCCAUUGAUCUAUUCACUCCGGGGUGGGGCUGAAAGUGAGCGGGUGAGGUUGCUUGAAUUACUCCACUCUAUUCCUUUUCAAAAUUUUUUUGCAGGUCCUGAAAGACCAAGAUGGAUCCCAUCUCCUUCAAAAGGGUUCAGCGUGCACUCGGCGUUUGAACAUCUAGCCGCUGCGAGAAUGAGGGAGAAUCCAGAGUUCCCUACAAAAACGAUUUGGCAAAACAGCGUACCGAAUAAGAUUUGCAUCUUCCUAUGGCUGGUUUAUCACAAAAGGAUUCUCACCAUCGACAACUUGAAGAAGAAAGGUUUCCACAUCCCGAACAGGUGUGUUCUGUGCAAAAGAGAUGAAGAAACGCCCAAUCAUCUGUUUAUCUCCUGCGCGUUCGCAAAACAGGUAUGGGGAAGGGUGAAAUGCUUCGUCAAAAUCGAAGAAAAUACUGCGACAGGGAAUGACAUCUCGGAGAGGAUCAGAGUUUGGCCGCGCAGGAAUCCGACGAAUCCAGCCCAAUGGUGCUCAAAAGUAGUACUACAUGCAUACUGUUGGUGUGUGUGGCUUGAAAGAAACAAUAGAAUCUUCAACGAUCAGGUGUGCAACGUUCCCUCAAUAGUGUUGAAGAUUGGCUACAUGAUUUGCUGGUGGCUAACUGCAGCAAGGAAGGUCGACAAAGAGAUCGCGGAAAGGUGGACUAAAGAAUUGAGGAUCAGAUUGUUCCCUGAUAAUUCCCAACAGGUCGUGUCUCAUGCCCAUGAUACAAUCCUGUAG